CUAGCGUCUUUACGUCGGCGUCCUCGCUUAGAGGAGCCAUGUUGUUAUUUCGGCAAAGUAUAGUAGGGAUGAGAAGCGGGCGUUUGACGUGGAGUUAGAAGAGUGUUCAUGUUUCCGAGCUUGUGUUUUUUUAUUUUCUUAACUGAAGGCAGUUUUCAGUUCCCUGAAAUACAGAUGGUAAAGAACAAGUUCCGCUGUUUAAUAGAAGGGUAAAGAAAGAGGUAGGUGGUUUUGCAAAAUUUAUUUUCCUGAUCAGCAAAGCAGAGUUUGAAGUCUGUCUCUAUAGGGAACAGAAGAUGGUUGAUCGACUUGCUAACAGCGAAGCAAAUUCAAAACGUAUUGCGGUUGUGGAGGGCUGUUUUGGAGCAGCUGGUCAGCCACUGGCUAUUCCUGGUCGAGUUCUCAUUGGAGAAGGCGUUCUUACAAAACUCUGUCGAAAGAAACCAAAAGCCAGGCAGUUUUUUCUCUUUAAUGAUAUCCUUGUGUAUGGCAAUAUAGUCAUUCAGAAAAAGAAGUACAACAAGCAGCACAUAAUACCCCUUGAAAAUGUAACAAUUGAUUCAAUUAAGGAUGAAGGAGAUCUGCGUAAUGGGUGGCUUAUAAAAACACCAACAAAAUCUUUUGCUGUAUACGCUGCUACUGCCACAGAGAAAUCUGAAUGGAUGAAUCAUAUUAGCAAGUGUGUGACUGAUCUACUUGAAAAAAGUGGGAAAGCACCCAAUAAUGAACAUGCUGCCGUGUGGGUACCUGACUCAGAAGCUUCGGUGUGCAUGCGCUGUCAGAAAAUAAAGUUUACCCCUGUGAACCGGCGCCAUCAUUGCCGUAAAUGUGGCUUUGUUGUAUGUGGGCCUUGCUCUGAGAAGAAAUUCCUCCUUCCUAGCCAGUCGUCCAAGCCAGUGCGUGUUUGCGACUUUUGCUAUCAUCAGCUCUCCAGCGGGCAGUUGAGUGCAAGCCUACCGACAAGAUCAGACUCUUACAGCAGAGCAUCGAAAUUUUCAACAAAUAAUAUGUCUGAUGAUGACGACGAUGAUGAUAGCAGUGACUGAGGAAAUUGGCCUUAUUCUAAUAUUUAGAAUAUUAACGUCUGGGUGUUAAGGGGUUGAAGUGUCAGAAUAAGGAGGAUGGUGCUUUGAAAAUUCAUGUUUUGCUUAAUUCUGUAAUUUAAUGAUAGUUGUUCCAAGAAUGAACAACUUCAGUCCAUAUUUUACAGAUUUUUGCAAUGUUUGUAUUUUAUCCCACAUAAGAUGCUAAAAGUUAAUUCUCCAAAUUCUUCUUCUUUUUUUUUUAUUUUGGAGAAAAUAGGAAUCUUGCUGCUUUAUCUCCGAGUUCCAUGAAGGUUGUCACUACAUGCAAGGUGUAUACAAGCCUAUAACUCUUUUAAAAGCUACAUGCUGAUUUCGUACUCUGGUUUAUAUCAAGCUGCUUAUUGAAAAUAGAAAGAUUAAAGGUAUUUUCUGAGAAUAUUUUAUAUCUAUGUAUGUCAAUCCAUGAUUCUUAAAGAAAGGUAUGUGCCUCAAAGCUGACCUUUUUAAAACUUGACUUUUCUGCAGGGACAUGUGAACUCUUCUUCCAGAGGCACAUUGCAAUGUAUCAGGUGAAUUAAAAUUGGCGGUUUUGUGUACAGUGCCGCCGGUUGUUUCCAGAGCAGUAUUUAAAACUCUCUUCACAGAUUAUGCAAAAUAAAGUCCAUUUCUAGUAUAUUUUCAUGUUACCAUUGCUGAAUAUGGGGUCUUCUUUCACUUUUGAAAGUAAAAUCUUAUGUUUUCUAGCGUUGCUGAUGACAAAUCAGGUCAAAUAUUUUCUAUUUGUAAACUUAAAAACUAUUUUAUAUACAGUAAGAAAAUCUACUUUUUACUAUAACUUUGGAAAGUUUCUUCCUUUUAUAUAAGGCCUUAUCAACUAGAAAGUGCCUUAAUGAGACAACUCUAAAGCAGGAAUUGCACAUGUGUCUACAUGACACACACAAAAGGUGGUAUUGCAUGAAAAAGUUUGGUGUUAAAUAAAGACACGUACACGCAGUAAAUCUCAACUUUAUUUCCCCCUAAUUAUCACCUUGCAGGUAGGGAAUGACAGCUUUGCAUUGUCUUGUUGCGAUAUUCUUCUUUUUUUUCCCUCUUUUCAACCCUUCUUCUGCUUAUUCUGAUUGCAUGAAUGGUUUUGAAUGAUAGUCUUUUUUUAUUUGCCAGAGAUUUUUUUUUUAAACUAGGAAAAAAUAAAGUAAAAUAGAUAAUAAUAUUAUACCAAAGGAACUGACAAGAGAACAAUGAACAGUGCAGGCCUGUGCCACAGCUUUCAAAUUGUUCACAACUGAAAUAAAGCAACCAAAGAGCUAAGCGUAUGUCAUAUUUCUGUAAAGAUCAUUGCAUGCAGAAUUGAGGAAGAUGUAUUCUGAAGUCAUAGUCAAAAAAUACAUUAAACCGUCAUGGUUUGGCCAUGCUUAAAAUUUUUAAACAACCAGAAAAUCCAGCUUGACAGAGAGAGCUUUUUCUUUCUUCCUUUCUUUUUGUGCUAUUAAUUGUAUGCUCCAUCCACUAGUGUAAAUUAAAUAAUAUUUAUAUAAAUAGGUUGAAAAUGGUUAAGUUUCAUAAAUUAGUGUUAGAAAUGGACGUGUUUUUUUUCCUCAGCUUAGUUUUCCAUCAUGUAAACAUUUUCAGUUAUAAAUAUCAGUUAAAAUGGUAACAGUGUCACUUUUAACUUUAAUACAUUGGCCGUAUGUGAACUGAUAAGUUUAUUUUCCUAGCAAGGCCUUAAUCAGAAUAGCACUUUUAAGUCACCCUUAAUCUUUACAAACGCUUCUAACACUACAUUAGGAAAUGGUAGAGUUCACGUGUGCAGUAUUCAGCAGCAUACUGUUUUAUAACCCCAAAAGGAUUUAAAUUUCUUAAAGGCAAUCUUAAAUUUAUAUAUUAAAAAAAAAUCGUGACAGGCAUUAAAAUUUAAUUGAAAACAUCAGACACUAUAGAUCCGAAUCCCCCCCCCAAGUGUGGGGUAACUUGUCAUUUUUAACAGCAUGAACUCAUGCUAGCAGAUGCUUUGUUCAAAAAUUGAAUUGCAAUAUUCACCAUAUUUGAUUCUGUCAUUAAUUUUUUCACUUAUUUAUAUGACACAGUGGGUGGUAUACAUUUGCUCCACAACAGAGUACCACCUCCUAAAAGUCUUUAGCUUGUUACAUCUUUUAUUACGUUUAGACGUUUAGUCCCCAAUGUCUGCUAAGGACUAUUAUUUACAUUUUUCAGAAUUUUUCUCAGAAUAGGAUUAAUAAACGUUAAAAACACUAGACCCCGCAAACUCUCUUGCCCCCUAACUUGGAGAACAAAUCCGCACUUCAUGAGAUGAGAACAUUCAUUUCUGCCCGCUCAUCAAUGAGUGAGAGAGAGAAUGGUAGAUACAGCAAAAUUACUUAUUUUUCGGUAUCGAGAAAGAGUAGUAGAAUUGAUCAUUACAGAUUAAAAUUUUUGGAAUCCGAUUUGAGAUGUCAGAGUAAUGUUAAUGAAAAUUUUCCUCCUUGCGUGGAAAAUAAACACACGGUUUUCUCUUUCAUGAUA